UAGGUUGGAGUUCAAAGUCGCAGAUUACUCGAUUACGAGGAAGAGACUUUGUCUUUUUUUUGUUUUUUCAGAACGUGCUUUUUAGAUAUCGAUUCUGCAUAUUUGCAGAUUUUAAAUAUGUACAUUUACGUAUUUAAAUACGUACAACGAUUUUAAAUAUGUGUAUUUAGAACUUUUCUGCAUGCGAUAUAUAUAUAUAUAUACAUAUACGUUCUUAACCGAGAGAUAAGUAUUCGCAAAAGCAAAAUCUUAUCGCAUGAGAUAUCUAUCUCAAGAGUAAAAACCCGACAAUAAUGGAAAUAUUUUGCUCACUGCGGAAUUAAUUGGAAUGAAGGAAGAGCUUAAAUCUAAUGAAUUAAUUUAUUCUACGUGCGAAGAAUGAGAAUUCCAUUCAAAAGACGCAUAAAAGAUCAAUGCAAUGCGCAUACUUUUUAUUCGUGUAAAUAAUAUGCAAAUUAUUUACAUUUGUGAAGUACACACAUUUUAUUUAUAAUUACGAGAUACGAUUAUACACAUAUAAAAAUUAUCAGUGGUUUAUGAAUAUGUAACGAUUAAUACGUAGUUAUAAGAAUAUUGUAGUUAUAUGAAUAUGCAAUUAUGUUAAUACGCGCAUUAAAGUAUGUACAGAAUGUCAGGUAUGGACAGAAGAUCCAAUAGAUCGAUACAACCGACGAGAAAAUGAUUCUAAAAAAUCGAAACAAAUACAAAAAGCAAAAACUAUCUUUUUAAAAAAUAUAUUUCACUUUUAUAUUUAAGAUUAUUUUUCGUCAAAAUUACACAACCAUUUAUCUUAUACUUGUUAUUAGUUCUUUAUUUUCGCAAAAAAUAAUUCAUUUUUUCGUCGGUUCUACCACAAUUUAUACUGAACACGCUGUAUACGUGAAUGCACAUUUAUAUUUGUUUUUCAAAUGAAAAAUUAUCUAUUUUCUUGUAGAGGCAAUGGAAAUGUCUACAUUCUUAGAUAUUAACAAAUGUUUCUAUAAUUAUACGCAAAUAAUUACUCGCAAAUCAAGACUAAAAUGAAAAGAGAUAAUGUUGCACAGAUGUCGCAAGAAAAUAUUCUUAGAAAGAAAGUGAACUACAAUUAAUUAAUUGCAAAAUUAUAAAAUUAAACAAUCAUAGAAAGAUGAGAUUACAAAUAAUUGACUAAAAAAAUAAGAUAUAUAAAAAUAAACGCGAAGACACAUGUAUAUCUCGGUAUCAUACAUAUGGAAAAGGAGGAACAAUCAUUUUUCUGCGCGCUCGUCAUUGCGAUUUUUGGCCCUCGAUUCGCGUCGGGUCAGCACUUUUGUUACGGACAAACGUACUAUUAUCGAUAUCUACGUGAGAUAUCGCUUAUCCGUGUCAAAGAUAAAUACUUGAUUUAUCAGGGACGAUAACAAGGUAGACGAAGAAUUAAAUCGCGAAUCUAACAGUAUUGGCUCGACGGUUAGCGUGAAUUCGCAUCGCCGGAAUCGAAUAUAAUUUAAAUAAAUCUCGGAAGUAAGAGGGAGAUAACGAUCGCGAAUCUCGUCCUUCUUUCUGUUGGUCGACUGAUUUUAUUACGCGAUCAUGCGAUACACGGAAGCGGAACCGAUGAUGGAGCAGAGUUACGCGCAACAGCUCAACGAGAUGUCGACGAGCAGCGAACAAUCACCGGCGACCGCGAUGUCGAGCACGGGGACGCAGACGAUAGAGAUGCAGGAGAACGUUCCGAUCGUUUAUGCCAACAGCAACGUCAUCACGAUGCAACCGACAGAAGGCGAACUUCGAUUUCCGCGAAGGCCUAUUCCCAUCAUCACCACUGACUGGAUCUCGACACCCAGGGCACAAUUUAAUGCGACCUCCGGCACACAAUUCUUGGCCGGCGUCGAACAGUUGGAAAUUCAGCAGGUUAUUGAUUUGAGUACUCUACUCGGCAGAAUGGAGAGGGGCACUCAGUACAGGGUGAAAGUACCACGGGCGGAAACGCUGUUUCUUGCCAUGGAGUCCAAGACGGAAACGGAAUCGCGGAUGUGCGGCUGGUAUAAGGGUUUCGUGCUGAAUGUUCUGGAUCAAUGCGGCGAGACCGCGUUCGUUAUGCGAAAGGAUCCCAGUUGGAUGCACGUACCAGGAUCGCGGCAGAAAAUCACAGUGGAAAGCGCAAAUCUCAUCGGUAGCGUGGAGGAGAACUUUAGUUUGAUGGGACCGAAUUUUACGGUGUAUGACGCGUUCAAGGAACCCCUCUGCAACAUAUAUGGCCCCAAUAUCUGCGGCUGUUGCAUGUAUAAAGAAGCGCAGUUUCAGGUGAAUGAAUCAUCCGUGUAAUGAAUGUAUAAAGGUCGCGUUAACAAU